UGAGCCUGCGCACUUUCUUUUCAAAAGUCAAAUACGAACAGAAUUUUAAUGACUGAUUUUUAAAUUGUGCUGCAUUCCUUCCGACGAAAAAAUUAAAUGUGGAUUGCGAAGGAAGAAAGUCGGAAUAGAUUCACCUACACGUCCUCCUAACGUACCAACCAGAAUGUCAGUGCGAAUCGAAAAUGAAGGUACGACCACAAGUGAAACAAAACGGGAACACUUUUCUACACGAGCAGCCUUAGGUCGUGUCGGACUAAUAUUUCUAUGUUCAUCGUUUGCCUUAUUUCUCGUCUAUGCCAAUUUUCCACAACUGUCCGAUGAUGAACGACUACACAUACGACUUCCAUGGAACAUAGAGGACGCAAAGCAGCUUGGUAUAGUUUUAAAUCGUUACAAAGAUGACAACUUUCUCCAGGUGAUGGGAGCAGUGUUUCUUACAUACAUAUUCUUGCAAACGUUCGCCAUUCCUGGAUCGCUGUUUCUCUCGAUCCUCUCUGGAUUUCUAUUUCCGUUUACGGUCGCGCUAGUAUUAGUGUGCACUUGUUCGGCACUGGGAGCAUCCCUAUGCUUCCUACUUUCGCAAAUAUUAGGAAGAAAAUUAGUGCUAAAGUAUUUCCCGGAGCGGGCAAGUAAAUGGUCUGUGAUAGUUAAUAAGCAACGUGAUAAUUUAUUUAAUUACAUGGUGUUCCUACGCGUUACACCGUUCUUACCGAAUUGGUUUAUAAAUUUGACCGCACCCGUAAUCGGUGUACCCCUAAAGCCAUUCGCAAUUGGCACAUUCUUUGGCGUCGCGCCGCCGUCUUUCGUUGCAAUUCAGGCUGGCCAAACGUUGCACACCAUGUCCAAUUCAGAUUCGACGUUUUCCUGGAAUUCGGUCGUGCUACUAGCAGUAUUCGCGGUAAUCUCGUUGGUUCCUAUAUUUUUAAAGAAUAAAUUGAGAGAGAAGUUUGAUUAGGUUGUAUAAAUUUUAGUUGAAAUUUGUUAAUAUGUAAAGAAAAAUUGUUUUGUAAAGUACACCCCAUAGGAUGUAUUAUUUAAAUUGUAUAGGAGCACAGAGUAAAAUUUUUGUAUUUCGUAAGGUAAAUUAUUAUGUAGCAAGUACCUACCCACGUAUGUAUUAUGUAAUAGCAUUAUUAAAUUUGUAUCAAAGAUUUAGCGAUUUAGCAAACCACAAGGUGCCAAUACACUGUUUUUGUAUAAUAAUUUAAUUGAGUUAUCUCGAAAGUUUGUACUGUAAAGAUGAAAUACCUACCAAAAGCAGUUCACAUAAAUGGCGUGUGACAUCAUGAUGAAAUCUGACUAAUAUAAUAAAACAUGUCACAAAAUAA